CCCCUCCCCUCCCCUUCCCCAGCCCCUUUCCCCUCCUCCCCUCGCUCCUUAAACGGGAUUCCGGCUGGGCGAGCCGCAGGACGGCAUCACCGGGCAUCCCGCGGCGGCGGAGCCCCGGCGGGUCUGUCAGGUCCCCGCUGUCCCUGCCCGCGCACACACGCUCAGCCCGACCCGGAAAGCGGCGGCGGGGGGGUGGUGUAAAAAAAUUUACGAGGUUUCCCUCUUUUCUCCUUAGCUGCUCGCCCGUGGCUCCCUAGUGGGAAACUCACCUCUGGGGCGAAGGUUUGGUAGAAAGCCGGUGGGGAAGGGGAGAGCCGCUGGGAGGGGAGGGCACCCCCAGGCAGCGGGCAGCCCCCACCCGCCCCCGGGGGGGAUGAGCUAGAAGCCGGCGGCGGAGCGCCCAGCCGGGCGCCGUGGCCGCGGAGGGCAUGAGGCGGCGAGCGGCGGGGAUGGGCGCCAGCGCACGGUCCUAGAGCCCCGGCAGCAGCCAAGACUGGUCCUGUACAGGAUACCGAAGAAUUAUGCAUUAACUGUAAACUUAGAGGAGCUUACUGGCCUCAGUGGGUUUUUGAUUUAUAUCAGGCUAAAGCAGAGGAGGGCAAAGUUUUCCUUGCUGAGCACCAAGGAAUGAAUUACAAGUCUGAGAGGACGGUAGCCCAUACGAUACAGAGGGAUCUGGUUUUCAAAAUGGAAUUGCAGCUUGUGCUCCUUUUCGCAGGGAUAAUCGCAUUUUCAGACUCGGCGAGAGGUCCCCCAAGGAUUGCUGAUAAAGUGAUUCACCGUCAGUCUGUGAGGCUAGGGAGGACCAUCAAGCUCCUGUGCCCAGUGGAGGGUGACCCCCCGCCUCUCACCAUGUGGAUGAAGGAUGGACGCACUAUCCACAGCGGCUGGACAAGGUUCCGAAUCCUUCAACAAGGGCUGAAAAUCAAGGAGGUGGAAAGCGAAGAUGCGGGAACCUACAUUUGCAAAGCCACCAAUGGCUUUGGCAGCACCAAUGUGAACUACACCCUCAUCGUGAUUGAUGAUGCCAGCUCAGGAAAGGAAAGCCAGGUACCUGAAGGCUCUAAUGGGGAAUAUGAAGAUCAUUCUGGGAAGCAAUGGGCCCGGCCCAGGUUCACGCAGCCCGCCAAGAUGAGACGGAGAGUGAUCGCCCGUCCUGUCGGCAGCUCCAUCCGCCUGAAGUGCGUGGCCAGUGGGAACCCACGGCCCGACAUCACGUGGCUGAAGGACAAUAAGCCCCUCACACCUCAAGAGAUUGGGGAGAACAAGAAGAAGAAGUGGACACUGAACCUGAAGAACCUGAAGCCAGAGGACAGCGGGAAAUACACCUGCCGAGUGUUUAACAAAGUUGGGGAAAUUAAUGCAACAUACAAAGUUGAAGUAAUCCAGAGGACAAGAUCCAAGCCCAUCCUGACAGGGACGCACCCUGUCAACACAACAGUAGACUACGGUGGGACCACGUCCUUUCAGUGCAAAGUCCGCAGUGAUGUCAAACCUGUCAUCCAGUGGCUGAAAAGGGUGGAGUAUGGCACAGAGAGCAAGUACAACUCAACCAUCGAUGUUGGGGGACAGAAGUUUGUUGUGCUGCCCACGGGAGAAGUCUGGUCCCGUCCCGAUGGCUCCUACCUGAACAAACUAAUGAUUACUCGAGCCAAGGAAGAGGAUGCAGGGAUGUACAUUUGCCUAGGGGCAAACACCAUGGGCUACAGCUUUCGCAGUGCUUUUCUCACAGUCCUGCCAGAUCCCAAGCCUCCGAGUGCACCUGUACCCCCUUCCUCGGCCAGCAGCCUGCCCUGGCCCGUGAUCAUCGGCAUCCCUGCCGGAGCUGUCUUCAUCUUUGGGACAAUCCUCUUGUGGCUUUGCCAGACCAAGAAGAAACCCUGCUCCCCUCCAGCUGCUGCCCCCGUGCACCGACCGCAGCCCCGGGACAGGAUCUGUGUCUCCCAGGUCCCUGACAAAGACUGCAUCUCCUCCAUAAACUAUGAGGAAUAUGUCGCGCAGCAGCAGCAUUUACUGUCCCAAGGGCCUGCACUCGCCCCGGCCAUGGCAUCCAAAAUGUACCCAAAGAUUUACACGGACAUCCACACCCACACCCACUCGCAUGUGGAAGGCAAAGUCCAUCAGCACCAGCACAUUCAGUACCAGUGCUAAGAGGACAGCCGUGUACAGUAGCUUGUUUGGGCUUUUCCUCGUGGUACCUCAGAAGAGACUGCUCCAAGUCAGCUCACACUGCCAGCAAUAGGCAAAGCAGACAGAAAAGAAUAUAUAUGUAAUUUUAAAUAUAUAUAUACAUAUAUAUAUAAUUGUAUAUGCGUGUGUGUAUGUGUGUAUAUAUAUGUGUAUAUAUCUAUAUCUAUCUAUAUAAAUAUAUAUAUAAUAGAGAAAGACAGAGAGAGAAAAGAGAUUUUUUUUUUUAAUUAUUGCAAUCAGGAUGUAGCUGAGGAAUAAUGAAGGAACUCCAAAUCUCAGCAGAGAGGCAGCCAUCUCCAACAGUGGAGCCUUCCCAGAUUUUUUAAUCAAGGUGGCAACAAGUGAGACAGGACACAGGGAUGUGAACCACCACCUCCUUCCUUGUUUGCUAAAAGGAACAAGAAGAGCAAGAGGUGACUGUGGUGCUUUUCUGGAUGGGCACUGCUGUUCUUGUGCCUGCUGCACAUCACUUGUUUUGGUGGGAAGCCGCCAGACCCAUCCUGCUCUGAGUGACUCGAGCUCUAAAGUAGCUGAGGUUUAGUGCCAAAGCAUGAGGAAACAUCAGCAAUUCACUUUUUCCAGGGGAAAAAAUUGACACAAGAGGGUCUGGAAAACCUGAUUUCUGUUCACAACGUGAAAUGCUGAAAGCUUCUCAAUCAUGGUCAUUUACUCUGAAACGCUAAUCAAGGUAGUUGCUUCAAUUUCUGCAAGUUGAAGGCAUCAUGUUUCCCAUGGGGUGUUCUGCAGAUCAAACUGCAAGUGUUCCGCUCCCCUGGUCCUAGGACUCAGUGCCACUACCAGGAAAAAGGAAAGAAGGAAAUAGGAACAUUGUACAGGACACCUUUAUAUUUAUAUUUAAGAAAUAAUAAUAAUUAAUAAUAAUAAUAAUUGAACUGCUGAUGGUGAAGAAAGCAAAACACGCUGUCCUUCUCUGAUGGCUCACAGUGACAAGCUACUGGAUUUUCUACGUCAAUGCAAAAUACAUGAAAACAUUAGAAAAAAGAGUAAGAAAGAAGUAGAAUGAAAUAAUAAUAUUGUAGGAAGAAAUGCAUUUGAGAAAUACUCACCUAGGUUGUGUGUGGUUGUCCCCUCCCAUCAGAUAACAUUUUGGAAAUGAUACAACUUUGUUGCAGUUCAAACAACAGUAAAAACAGAAAGAAGAGAAAAUAAAUAAGGACCAUAUUAAAUACCUAUAUGGACUGGAAAUGAAUCCAAUUGCAAAUAUAAAACCUUUGUAAUUCUAUAUAGAGUUUAAACAGAAGUCAUGUAUAUUUAAUUUAUUUUGUUAAACAAGAAAAAAAUGUAUGAUAUUUUCCUCAAAACAGGCAUUUCUAUACGUAUUUUUGAUCAAAGAAAAUAAAGAUUUUUUUUUCAGGUUCUAUAGAUGCCAUGCUGAGAAUACACUCCAUGUAGCAUGUGACCAACUGUUAUUCUCCUAACCUUGGUCAUCUAUCUCUAUGCCUUUUUACACUAGCCACGUGUAAUCUCAUAACAUCAUCUCAGGUACUGCUGGUGCCAUCCUUUCCAUCAGUAACUGGCUUUUCCCGCUGUUUAUAUUCUGGCUGUGAGGGUCUGCAGUGGCCUGAUUGCUUCUCAUGGACCCCUUGUCAUCUUCAGUAGCAAAGUUCUCUGCUCACAGGGAAAUCAGUUUCACUAUGCAUUUUUUUUUUUGGGGGGGGUGGGUAUGAGGGGCAGGGAGGUUACAUUUUUUUUUUAAGCACAAACCUGCAAUGGGUUUUCUUUUUAAAAGAAGACUUUGCAAAUCAAGAGAUAAUCAUUUCUUGAGCCUGUAAAAUGAACUUGGGUCUCAGGGUGCGUAGGAGGGGAAACCAUGAAAUGUAGGUGGGACACUUCAUUUGUAAAUGCAGUUGCUGAAGGAGCCAGCGAAGGAUGAGCUGGGCGGAGGAUGAGCUGGGUGCAGUAAGAAGAAUGCUCAGGGAGCUACUCCCCUGCAGGAGAGCUCACACUUCAUUCUGCUGCUGCCGUAGAGGGGCACCCAACCCUUCAGUGGCUAAAAUUUUCUUUAGAGAAGGCGGGUUCAGCAAUGCUGCAACUGUUUGCUCUUCGCUUGAGUUUCACUUAAAGUUUGCUGGUAAAAAAACCCUGAAAAUUUGAAACAUGCCAGUUUUUAAGUUUGAAAUUACUUCCUUCUCAGGCCCAUUCUGGGAAAGAGAUCUUCAAACCAGCUACUUUUAAACUCCGUUUAAAAGUGAAGCACUUCAUUUAACCCAAAACAAAACAGUACUUUAGGCUUUGCUUUUGUCUGAACCUUUCUGAAGGUAUUUGCUCUGGGUCGACCUGCAGUGAUUUUUUUGCUGGCUUGUUUGAGUCAGCAGCAAACCAAACAGUUCCCUGUUUGCUCAGCCGUAGUGCUUCAAGAUGGGGCCCUGAUUCAGCAAAGCACGUAAGCUCCUGCUUUCCUUCACCAAUACAUGCUGCUCAAAAAAAGUCCCUUUUUUUGCCUUAGCCACCUGGAUCAGUGGCUCCAUCCCUACCCACUGUGUUGGUGCUGGCUGGGAUAAUUCUGGGGAAGGGGAGGAGGAGAAGGGUUUAGAAAAGGGGAACCUUCCUAAUCAAGUGGAGUUUACUGACUGGCACAGUUGCAAUACAGCUCUCCACAGGACACAGCUGCUUUCCUGUAUGUUUCAGUAGGAAAUCCAUGUUAUAACCUCUACAGAAGACCAUCCUUCAAGAUGGUCUUCCUGGAGAGGUUAUAAUAAAGCAAACUAUUACUACCUCCCCCCCCCCCCCCCCCCCCCCCCCCCCCGGAGGGUUCAGUUACAUUUUGUUAACAUAAAUUUAUGAGGUCUGUAGAUAAUGGGUAUCUUUGUAUGCAUCCUCUCAGCUUCAGGGAGACAUAGAUGUGAGCACUGGGGGCUUUGUUCAGAUAUAAGGCAUGAUUUAGGCAGGGGUUCUUAAAAGCUGUAGAUUAUUAAGUCAUUUAAUUUAAAAAACACUAAAACAUCUAAGUGCAUCACCUUUAUUUUAAGAAAGCAGUAAGUGGGUGUUUCCGUAAGAGCUACUAGGGGCUACAUCUCAUAUCUCCUGCCUGUGGGAAGCUGCUUACUGCACCAUGGUACUGCCCGAGCUAAUGCAUAUUUCAGCAGCAUUAGGGGCAUGGCAGAAGGCAGGGUUCACUGCUAAGCCUGCAGCCCUUCUCUGCUCUCUGUGCCAGUGCUGCAGCGAGGGGACAUUUCUAACACAUGCUGUGCUAGUGGCACUGACACCAGCUUCAAAAGUGGAGGUGGUUUUGUAUGAUUCAGCUCUGACCAAGCCCUAAGAAACUGUCUUACAGCACUUUUUCAAAUGGCAGCUAUAUCACUGACCCUCAGAGGGAGGGUUAGUGGGUUAAAAGAAGCAAUCCUGUAUUUCCUAUACAGCACAAACUCCCACGCUGAGCGUAACGCUCUCCACCGGUGCCUUCUACCCUUUGUGAUCCACCUUUGUAGUGCUGUGUCACACAGUCCAAAAAAUUAUAUAUGCCCACAUGGCUCAAGCAGAAAGAGUAGCCUCUUCCUGCCCUUUAAAGCUCCCGCCUUUAGAGGCAAAUCUCUAGCGAUGCUGACAGAGUGAGCUCCAAAGGCAAACAUUGCAGUAAACCACCCGGUGUGGCCAAUGCAACAGCUCAGUACAGCUGCAGCUCUCAAUCAUGGCACUGAGAAGAUGGCUCUGGUUUGGGAUGUGCUAUGGGAGAUGCUAUAAAUGUCUUGAUUUGCAGAAAGCAUGGUGUUUUCACCCUGCCUUGGGUAUCAGCUUCCUCUUGAGCAUCUUCUGUUGGGCACCAAUAUGGUGUGAGAUUUCCCUCUAGCAAAGUAUUGUCAUAUGCCUUGUUUAAGAGGGGCUGUUCAUAUUGUCUGGGCCUUGCGCUGGAUUGCUGUGCCUAGGAGAGUUUCGCAUUUCUGAGGAAUUAUUUUGCCUCCACAAGGUAUCUGUAAGUGCUCUUAAGAGUUACACUGUCCCAUGCCCUACUGCAUGCCAUUUAUUUUUGGGGCUUGAUUGUGCCUUGCAUGUAUUGCAAAGUCUUCCUUCAUCUAAAUAAAUUCAGCCAGGUCCUG